AUGCCAAAAGAACAAAAACAAAAACGUUUAAAGAAAGAAGAAGAGACAUUACCAUCACCUCCAGAUAACCCACGCCAAUGUCAUUUUUGGGUAAAGCAACAUUUAGCAAGUGAUCCGAAUCAAACUCAAAGAGAGCGUAUCCCAUGUCCAUAUGAUACAUCUCACACUGUGUACAAAGAUGAACUCGAAAAACAUCUUGCACAAAAAUGUAAUUCACGUCCGAAACCAAACCCACCUUAUUUUUCUCUUAAUGUUAAUUGCACACUGCCCCCAUCAUCCGAUCUUGUGACAGAGGAAAAAAUUACGCUUUCAGAAUUAUCUAAAGAAGCUUUAGAUUCAUUAAUUGAUAAUGUAAAUUAUUGGUAUCAAAAUUUUGUUCCUAAAAAUUUUGAGACUUUAAUAUUGGAUCAUGAAGUUGUAAAGGAAAGAAAAAAAGAAAUCAUAAUAAAUAGUAAGCAUGUUGAUCAGCAGGCAUCACUUUUAGGUCAUAUGGCAAGGCUGAAAUUAUUACAGCCAGAUGGAUGUUUCAUUGAAUUCGGUUGUGGCAAGGGUGAAUUAUCAUAUUUCACAAAACUUGCUAUUAAAGAUGAAAGCAACAGUGUUAGCUUCCUUUUAAUCGAUAGAAAAAAUACCCGUGGUAAGUUUGAUGGAGGGAUCAGAGAAACUGGAUCAUCGAAAUUGCCCGUAUUACGUAUUGGAAUGGAUAUUAAAGAUUUAGAUUUAUCAAAACUUGAUUUUAUCAAGAAUAAAAAAAUUAUAGCGUAUUCAAAGCACCUAUGUGGAUCUGCUACUGAUGUUACUUUAAAAUCACUAGUUAAUUAUUCCAAGUUGAAUAAAAAUGAGAACUCAAUCAUUGGAAUAAUUAUUGCAUUGUGUUGUCACCAAUUAUGUCAGUAUCAUAUGUAUCCUAACCAUCAGUAUCUUGAAGAUAUUGGAAUUACAAAUAAUGAUUUUAAGAGAAUAUGUACUAUGAGUAGUUGGGCUAUUUGUCUGGAUCAUUCAUCAAGAGAAGCUCUAGGUUAUAAAUGUAAACGUAUAAUAGAUUACGGUCGUUUCAAAUAUUUACAGGAAAGUGGUUUUGAUGUAGAAUUGAUUUAUUAUGUAGAAUCAUCAACUUCUUUAGAAAAUUUGGCAUUAAUGGCUGUUCCAAGAAAUGAUUGA